AUGACGUUAGCGGAGGAAUUCAAGUCGCGCAAUUUUAGUAUCUACGGGCAAUGGCUCGGAGUGCUAUGCAUUAUCCUUGGAUUUGCUUUGGGGAUUGCCAACAUCUUCCAUCUUGACCUUCUCAUUCUAUUCAGUAUCAUCCUCCUUUGCUCAUCUCUUGUCCUGAUAUUUAUCGAAAUCCCUCUCCUGCUCCGAAUUUGCCCUACUUCGGCCAGAUUCGAUGCCUUCAUUCGCCGAUUCACAACUAACUACAUGAGAGCGGCAAUCUACGGGGUCAUGUCUCUGGUUCAAUGGCUCAGCAUUAUUGUGGACGCAAGUAGCUUGAUCGCUGCAGCUGUUGUAUUGGCUUUGGCCGGAGCAUGCUAUGCAUUGGCAGGACUGAAACAACAAGAAUUCGUGGGGAGCAAGACCCUUGGAGGACAAGGGGUGGCACAGAUGAUUGUCUAA